AUGUCAUCGUCAAGUACCCCUGUCCGUGUUGUCUUCGAUGCAAGCUGCAAAACAACCUCAGGACUUUCCCUCAACUCCGUUCUGAAAGUGGGUCCUCGCACUCAGCAGGAUUUAUUUGACAUCCUCAUUCGGUAUCGUCAAUACAACUUCACAAUCAAGGCCGAUAUCGAGAAAAUGUUCCGCCAAGUCAGGAUGCAUGAGGAAGAUCAAAAUCUGCAGAGGAUUCUUCACAGAGAUGAUCCAACCAAACCACUUCAGACAUUCCUUCUCACCACCGUGACUUACGGGACAGCAAGUGCGCCAUAUCUCUCAACUCGUUGCAUGAAGCAAUUAGUGGCUGAAGACGGUGACAAUUAUCCUCAUGCCAAAGAAGUAGCUAAUCGAGAUUUUUAUGUUGAUGACCUUCUGACUGGCACUCAGACAAUUCAGGAAGCAGUCACACUUCAGGAGGAAUUGGUAGCUCUGUUCAAGGGAGGAGGAUUUUCACUCAAAAAGUGGUCAUCAAACAGUCAGGAGAUUCUCGACAAAAUCCCACCUGAGGACAGAGAAACAAAGUCAGUCUUCGAAUUUGAUUCUGGAGGCAGCAUUUCUACACUUGGCCUUCAGUGCAAUCCACUCAGUGAUACACUGUCAUUUAAGAUUUCUCUCAAUGAAGGAGCGAUUGUUAAGCGCAGUGUACUUUCCAACAUGUCACGAGUUUUCGACCCAUUGGGACUUCUUUCUCCAGUCACAAUCACAGGAAAGGUCUUCAUGCAGAAGCUGUGGAAAGAGAAUCUCGACUGGGACACGGAACUCCCAGAGCAGCUUAGGGACGAAUGGAUUUCUUAUCAAGAGGAAAUUCUCAAACUGUCAGCUCUGAGUCUGCCAAGAAAAUUCACACCAUUUGAUGACGUCAAACAUUUGCAAUUGUAUGGUUUCUGCGAUGCAUCGCAAGAUGCAUAUGCUGCAUGCAUCUACGCGAAGUCAAUUAACCUCAACGGCGAAGUGAGCUGUCAGCUGAUAGCUGCCAAAACAAGAGUCGCUCCGACAAGUCCACUCACAAUUCCCAGACUUGAGCUUUGUGGUGCAAUUCCCCUCGUCAGACUUCUCAAGAAGGUGCAAAAGGCUCUCUCCAUGGAAAUUGGGGACAUCAGAGUCUUCUCAGACUCAACCAUCGUGCUCCACUGGAUCAGUGGAGAUGCCAGCCGCUGGAAGACAUUCGUUCGCAAUAGAGUCAUCAAAAUCCAAUCAGAAAUUCCUGCCACAUCUUGGGGACAUGUCAGAUCAGAAGACAACCCAGCAGAUCUCGCUUCACGAGGAGUUCAGUCAGAUGUUCUGCUGCACAAUGACUUCUGGUUCCAUGGUCCACAGUGGAUUCUUCAUGACGUACCACCUCCUUUCAUCCAGAAGAUCGAACCAAGGGAUAUCCCAGCGGAAGAUCUUGAGGAGAUUAAGGUAUGUACCCAUUUCCAUGUCUCUAACCCUUUUUGGAAUAUCAUCGACAGAUACUCCUCCCUCACGAGGCUGGUGAGGGCAGUGGGAAUCCUCAGAAGGUUCACACAGUUCAUCACGAACAAGUACAAGGGACCCUGCCACGUCAAUCGUGGCCCUCUCACUGCUACAGAGCUGGAUUCAACUCGAGAAACCAUCAUCAAGGCUGUCCAGGCUCAAUCAUUUCUCAAGAACCAAGCGACCACUUUGGCCAAGUCCAGCGGCACUCCAGUGCCUUCCACUUCAGCGGCCAAAGAGUCUGGCUUGUCUUUAGCGGCAUCUAAAGUGCCUUUCUCUCAGGAGCCAGACACUCGGCUCUGUUGCCUGGACUUAGCGGCUUUACUUAAAGCCUAA